UUGGUUAAGUAUUAAUUCAUUCACACAUCAUACAUUUCAUCUUAAAACAAAUUUUAAGUCAAUUAUAGUAUUUUCCUAGAUUUUUUUUUCCUGAAGAGCAACUUUAUUUAUCCCAAGGGAAAUAUUCAUUCAUUCAUUCAUUUUCCAUGCCGCUUUUCCUCACGAGGGUCGCGGAGGUGCUGGAGCCUAUCCCAGCUAACUCGGGGCAGUAAGCAGGGGACACCCUGAACUGGUUGCCAGCCAAUUGCAGGGCACAAGGAGACAUACAACCAUUCACGCACACACUCAUACCUACGGACAAUUUAGAGUGUUAAAUCAGCCUACCAUGCAUGUUUUUGGGAUGUGGGAGGAAACCGGAGUUCCCGGAGGAAACCCACGCAGGCACGGGGAGAACAUGCAAACUCCACACAGGAAGGCCGAAGCCCGGGAUUGAACCCUUGAUCUUAGAACUGUGAGGCAGACGUGCUAACCACUCAGCCACCGUGCCGCCCAAGGGAAAUGUGAUUAAAGUAUUCUGCCUUUUGUGUCCCACAGACGUCACUAUUAAAGAGCUUCACCCUCAGACGCGCGAUCCCCUCCACGUUAAACGGGAGGAGUUGGAGAUGCCAUACAUCAAACAGGAGGCGGAGCCAGAGACCCCCAGCAUUAAAGAAGAAGAUGAAAUCCCCAAGUUUCCAAUGACUGUCAGUGUGAAGAGUGAGGAAGACGAAGGUCCAAGCAAAGAGCGCGGAGCAGCGAAACCUUCGAGCGGCAGCUCAUUUCAACACCUGACAACAAAAGGAGAGGGACGAUCGCAGCCUGACGACGUCACAUUGGAAGAUCUUCACCCGGAGAAGCACGAUCCCCCCCACGUUAAACAAGAGGAGUCUGAUAUGGCGUACAUCAAACAGGAGGCGGAGCCAGAGAGCCCCAGCAUUAAAGAAGAAAAACAGGAAGAAGAAAUCUCCAAGUUUCCAAUGACUUUCGUUGUAAAAAGUGAAGUAGAUGAAGGUCCAAGUGAAGUGAGCAGAGCAACAAAACUACCAAGCAGUAGCUUGUUUCAACACCUGACAACAGAAGGUGAGGGACAAUCGCAACCGGAUGACCUCUUAGCGCCAUUCUCGGACAGCGACGAGGUAACAUCACACUCUUCUGACUAUAACACCGAUGAGGAGAAUGUUGACUUUGAGCAAAACUCUUCCAAAUCCUUAAACAAGUCAUCACUGAAAACUGACAAAAAAGAAUGCGCAGAUGGGAAACCUUUUUCCUGCUCACAUUGUGAUAAAACAUUCACUGCCAAGGAAUAUUUAAUCAUACAUACACAUACACACACUAGAGGAAAGCCUUUUGUCUGUGCAUUUUGUGGUAAAAGAUUCACACAUAAAGGAAGUUUGAAUGUACACAAAAGAACACACACUGGAGAGAAGCCUUUCGUCUGCUCUCUCUGCGAUAAAAGAUUUUCUAGGAAGCAUUCGUUAGCAAAACACAUGAGGACACACACUGGUGAGAAGCCUUUUGUCUGCACAUUUUGUGGUAAAAGCUUCACCCAGAAGAGAUAUUUAAAUACACACACGAUGACACACACCAGAGACGAGCCUUUUGUGUGCUCUGUUUGCGAUAAAAGAUUUUGCACGAAGUAUCAGUUGACAAGACACGCGAGGACGCACACUGGAGAGAAACCUUUCAACUGCUCUUUUUGCGAUAAAAAAUUUCGUACGAAGGAAGACUUGACAAGACACACGAGAACACACACGAGAGAAAAGCCUUUUGUAUGCUCUCUUUGCGAUAAGAGAUUUUGUAAGAAGCAUCAGUUGACAAGACACACGAGGACGCACACUGGAGAGAAGCCUUACGUCUGCUCUCUUUGCGAUAAAAAAUUUCGUUCGAAGGAAGACUUAAGAAGACACACGAGGACACACACAGGAGAAAAGCCUUUUGGCUGCACAUUUUGUGGUAAACGAUUCAUCCAGAAGGGAUAUUUAAAUACACACAUGAGGACACACAUUGGAGAGAAGCCUUUCGUCUGCUCAUUUUGCAAUAAAAGAUUUUCUAGGAAGGAAGUCUUAACCAGACACAUGAGGACACACACUGGAGAGAAACCUUUCGUCUGUUCUCUUUGCAAUAAAAGAUUUUGUACGAAGGAAGACUUAACAAGACACACGAGGACACACACAGGGGAAAAGCCUUUUGGCUGCACAUUUUGUGGUAAAAGAUUCACCCAGAAAGGAUAUUUAAAUACACACACGAGGACACACAUUGGAGAGAAGUCUUUCGUCUGCUCUCUUUGCGAUAAAAGAUUUUCUUCUAAGCCAGCAUUGACAAGACAUGCGCAAACACACCAGGCAAAAGGUUCACCCGGAAGCGAGAAUUAAACGAUUGUGCAAGAACACACACCAAGGAGAUACCUAUCACUUCACUGUGUUCUGUAAAAACCUUUUCUUAAAGGGAACCAAGGACAACUUGUACUUUUUAAAGGGUAUGACAACACCUGGGGAAAUGCUAAUAUUCCAUCAUUUAUCCAUAAACGAAUGCCUUUUGGAUUCAUAUCAUACCACUUUGAGUAAUUACACACAUCACAACACCAAGAAAAUGAUACAAAUUUGUAGGAGUGGGAACCUCAGGGCACCUCACGAUACGAUACGAUUCGCGAUACACGGCUCACGAUAACGAUUAUAUCACGAUACAGCAAUUAUCGAUAUAUUGGUCAGAAAUUGGAUACAUGACAUUCUACGAUACAACUGUUGAAACAAAAAAAAGAAAAAAAAAAAAGAUAUUUAAAAAUAGAAAAAAUACUGUUUAAGUCAUUUAUUAAACAAUGACACCUUUUCUGUGCAACAUUGCUGGAAAAUAUAAAUACUGCAAAUUGUGCCCCUGCACAUAUAGAGGAAACCAACCACGACCACUGAUAUCGCUUGGAGAGAUCAUGAUGAAUGGCACCCUGAAUUUCUUUAAAGUUUUAAAUCUUUAAAAAAUAAAUAAAUAAAAAGUGAUGUAGGUUUCAGCAGUUGAGCUUGGAGUGGGGCAAUGAUAAAAUUGGUGGGUCUUUUCUUCGUAUAUGACCUUUGUUGCUUGGUUUGAGCACUUCCGCUAUCUGCUUCAGCAUUUAAGAUGUCAGACUUGCUCAGUCACAGUCUUCCUCACCUUAAAAACAACAAAAUAAAACAAAAAAUAUUAGCUACUUCAUAGCGUUUGAGUUGAAAUCCUGAUUUUUUUUGUGUUGGAAGUAUUGAAUUAAAAAAAAUAUGAAUUGAAUGUAUAGAAAUUAAAAAUUCAAUAAUUACCUAUUUUUAAUAUGUAGGCUACAGCAAUAAUUACCUAUUUUUAAUAUGUAGGCUACAUUAAUUAUCAUGCACAUCACUUUAUAUAUCUUGGAACCUAUUCAAACCAUUUUUAUAGCUUAUUGUAUCAAAAUGACAGUAAUAACAGUUUGUGUAGUAAACUAGAUGGAAAUUGGUUCUCAAAUAAAUCGGUAAAUUCACGUGGGCUUGUUCGUAUUCAUUUUCAUCCAGUUUAGGGUCCUGGUUUAUUUUAUAUCAUUCAACACCAAAUGUCAUCAAAAUAAUACAUGUAAAUUAAAAAGUCAAUUACAUUGCAAAACUUUCUUACCUCAAGUGAUGAAAGCAAAGCUCACAAUCUCCGGUGUCCACUACGUCACCAGCUCCCAGUGAAACUUAUUUUUCUUAGACAAUUCUUGCAUAAAGCAAAUUCCUUGUUCACCUUACUUCCUUUCUUGUUGGUGUAAAAUCUAAAGUGUCCCCAUGUGUGAUUUGUAGCAAUAUUUUUCUCAUUUUUUUCCUCCACCGUUCUCACUGAGCUUUUUUAUUUUUUCAACCCACUUGGAGCUUCCUCUCUUCUUCUCUAGACAACUUGUGCGCACUUUACCCUCACCGCCACUCCCGAGCGCCCCUAGUGGACCGCCAAGGAAUUGCUCAACAAACAUUGAGCAGUUUACAGCAUCCAUACUCCAUUGUAUGGCCAAUAUGUUAAAUAAAAGUACCGAUUCUUGGCGGGAGCAUAUCGAUAACUAGUGAUGCACGAUAAUGCAUUUUUCAACCGAUACCGAUAACCGAUAAUUUCCUCCUCAUUCCAACCGAUAACCGAUAAUGUCAAGCCGAUAAUUAUAUUAAAAGAUUUAUGUAAAAUUUUAAAGUGUACACAAAAGAAAAUAUUACUGUGCAAAAAUAUAAUUUAUUGCUCUUUUUUUUCAACACAAUGUAUGAACAAGUCGUCAAUUCGAACAUCUAAAUAAUGACAUUGUCUGACAUUGUGUAAUGGUAAACCUUUGGCAACAAUUACUUACAGAGUAAAUACCUAAGUUGCACAAAAAUGCCUUUAAAAGUAAGCCAUUCCUAACAUAUAUAACAUUAAUCCGCUGCAAAACACACCUCCUUAAAACUAGUCAGUUAUAAGUGUAAAUCUAUUGGCAAUAAGUGAAAUUAUCUGCCAUCGGUUCAAGUGUAUUUCUCUCAGAUUUCUUGGAAGAAAAAUAGCUAGCUGAAAAUAAUCUUAACAGCCUUGUUUUAAGCAAUACAUUAUUAUACUUAAUCCUAAAAAAAAAAAAAAAAACUUGAAGAAGGAAAGAUUUUGAAUAAUAUUUGUGGCUACAGAAUAUUGAUUUAAGAAUUUGAUUAUCCACUGUGACUGUAAUUGAGCAAAGAAAUAAGUUAAAUAAUUUGAAAAGUGAUUGCUAAUGUUAUAUGCUUUGUUGCACACUGUGAAAAUGAUUGCCUCAAAAGAGCGAGAUGUCAUGUACCCAUUCUGCAGCGCUUUGUUUACAUUUGCGGCUUUCACGACAUUUGCGUUACAGCAGCUAAACUGCUACACGGCAGUACUAUUUGGACGGAGUUUGCGCUAGCAUCCGUGUGCGUGUUGUUUUGUGCCUGAGUUUUAUUAAGCCGAAAAUAAAGGCAGCGUUACAAAGUCAUCUGACCGCUCGUCAUUUCACAUUCUGAAUGCAUUAUUGACUGGCUGACUUCGUUUUCUCCAUGUUUAAAUUAUCUUAUAACCACUGUGCCGUCAUGAUAAGCUUGCUUACCGGACAUCACUUUUUCAUGAAGAAUGGUGGUCAUAUAAACGGCAUUAUUUCUUUUAUCCAGGGCUUUGGUUCUCGUGUCAUUAAGGUAAAAAAAAAAAACUGUGUCUCGUCUCGGCGGCAGCUACAUUCGUACCGGAUAAUCCGCUCGCCCGCCCCGGCCAGUUCGCCGCGGCGUAUUCGGGUCCUGGCUCUGCUCGCACGCCGUGGGGGAACGCUCGAGAAACCGGGGUGUUCGCCGGAGGUCCAGAGGCCGGGGAACCGGGCUCGGCCCGCCCCGCCUAUGGCGAGGCGGCGGCGGCCUGCCGGACUGGCCAAAGCGGCGGGCUCCGUCGGAAUUUACCACCCACCUUGGGCUGCAUUCCCAAACAGCCCGACUCUGUAUCGUCACAAGCCCUGUAGUUUAGCUUAGUGUUUACAAUAGCUUGCUAGCAGCAGCCUCGUAUAUGUUCCAAAAUUCUUUGUGAUGCAGUUUUAAAUGACUGCUGGGUUAGUGGUUUUGAAUGAGGACGCGUUCUUUCUGCCUCGUGGAACUUGUACGGUACAUGUUUCGCAGAUGGCGAGAGCGUCGUUUUUUUAGUAACAGCCGCCAUAAUAUUCAACUACUUCUUGUCUUGUAACUCCGCCUCCUCAACCCCUCCUCCCUCAGGGGCUUCAGAGAGGGGAGGGGUUGAGGAGGCGGCGUGCUGAAUUCUUCGGUUGAGCACAUUUGGAGGCAAAAUCAAGUAUAUAAUUAUCGGAUUGCAUUAUCGGUUGAAUUUUUUUAUUAUCUGGAUUAUCUGUGUGACGUCAUAAUUGCCAUUAUCGGCCGAUAAUUAUCGGUGACCGAUAUUAUCGUGUAUCUUUAUCGAUAACCCAUCGGGUUGCAAAAUAACGCGAUAUAUCGCUGUAUCGAGAUAUUGUCACACUCUUACAAAUUUGGAUUGAUUGUCAAGCUAAAACGAACGGCGCCCGAGAUCCCGGAAAUCUAGCAUAUUGUGUGCGUGACGUCACAACAAGGAAACAAGUGCUUAGUACUGAAUGGCGGCGAUGAUGGCAGACAAUUUUGUUUCUAGUUGCAGCGACGAAUCCGACGUAACGGACGUUCUUCUAAUGGUGACGAGGAGAGUUAUGAACCUUUCUUUGGUGUUUUGGGUUAUCAAUUUGAGCCCAAACGAAAGCCAAUGCAGCCUAAUGAAAGGAUCAUUGAGGGGAGCAAUCACACUGAUGAAACACUGGCAACAGAAUCACCGAAUGGUUUGUUUUGUAUUUCUUUUUGUGAAGCUGAUACACCGUGACCGCAAAAUAAAGUAAUGUAUAGAAUAAUUAUAAUUUAUUGUGCUAUCAUCGGUUUUCGCUCUGCCAACAGAUACAAAUAUGAAUGGGAUUAGAGGAUUUGUUGUAUAUAUUAUACGAGCGAUAAUUUAUACAUGUGUCCAGUCCUAUAUCCUAUGCAUGAUAUGUUUUUUGUUAUACAAGAGUACUCACUCUGGCCAUUUCCCUCCUUUGCUUAGCCUGGGGUGGUGGGGUGGUCUCAUCAGAGCCAGUCAUCGUCCUCUUUCUUGAUAUCUCAGGACAUUUAGGUGGCUGUGCGUGUAUGGUGGGAACCGCAUCUGCUUUCAGCGGCAAUUUCUUAGCAAAACCUGAUUUCAUUUGUCCAUAGUUCGAAUAGAUUUCAGGUGUAAAAUUCGCACCACACAAAACCGUGCCGGAGGCUGCGUCUGCAAAAUUAGCCCUCUUAGCACGGACGAACUUUACUCAUUGUCUGCAUAGUCCAGCUCUUUUUCUCGCGUUCGGGAACUCAUGGGUACUACAUUGCGACAAAUGGCUAUUUGUACACCACAUAGCAUGACAGGUUUGAACCAUUUUAGCGUUUUUUUUUUUGAUACAACACGAACACAACUCUCUCGUCGAUAAACAACGAUGGCACCUGCCUCGACCUUUUGUUUCCUUGCUGUGACGUCAAAGCCCCAUUCGGUUGUUUCCGCAAUACUUUUGGAAAUGUUCGUAAUUUUCGAUCUAUUUUCGCUAAUUGCUCAUGAAUGUGAUUUUUUUUUUUUUGUUAACUUUAUUAAUAUUUGUUAUCUUGCCACAUAACGGUUCUAUUGAUAUCUCACAGCCCCUUAGUAUUAUAAUACCCUUUUAAAAGAUAAGUGUUAGUAAGAGUUAUAAUAAUUUUAUAUUCAGACCCCCCUCUUAAUGUUUUCAUUUUCAUAGAAUUUGCAAAAUUAGUUUUGUAAGUUGCCAUUGUUGCUGACUUUGCAAUGCACUCUAGGCAGUGACGUCACUGGGCGACGCUGCUCUACUUCUAAAGUGCCACUCGUUGGGUCCAAAAACAUGUCGGUUCUGCCCUUUCAAUUUGAACCAGAGCGAAAAAUUGUUGAGCAGGAAAGCAUUGUCAAUAUUUCACAAAACCAGCAGCAAAAGCAAUUCAAUGAAAAUCUACAGGAGUCAAACCCGCGUUACCCGUGCGACAGACGACCGCAUAGACCACAGGACUAUACUUCCGCGUGACGUUAGUCAUGAUGUUCCCCUUAUUAAGCAAUCACAACCCACAUGCAUUGUCUCUGUGCGGUAAAACCUGAAAGGGAGACUCAACUGAAAAGAAAGUGUGGCUGGCUUGAUGACAGAAUUAAAAAACGUGGCUCACUUCAGACAGCAAGCAAACAACAAGAGCAGGGAUUUCAUAAGAGUUUAUUGAACACAUAAAAAAACAUGCGAUCGAGAAAAGGGAGACACAAAAAGGGUGACACAAAAAGGGUCCGUGACAGGAGGUAGGGAUCAAUUUUUUUUUUUUAAAAAGAAAAAAACUGAGGGGAAACUGCGGUGAGAGAUAGACAAACAGAAAAAAACAAGGCAAUGAUGCAACCAGCAACGAAGGGAUAUACAAACUGUCAAAUGGCAGCAAGUCAUCAUCUCGUCAAGCAGUCUCGAAUCAGUUUAAAGACACUGCUGAUGAGCUGGAAUUGGAUACAGGUAAGACGUUGGGAACUCAUCGCACUUCUCUGUAACAAAACAAUCUGACCAGCAGCAGAACGUGACAAAAUCAUGCCAGUCAUCAUACUAGCUUCGCUUGCUAGCUAGCACAGCUUUUCUCUCAGUCCAGUCCAACCAUGUCUUCACCCCUAGCGUGCAUUGCCCGCGUAAAACAUGGCGCCCUCCGUAGGUCAAAACAUACUAAAUAUAGAUUUUUAAAUCAAUGGUGAUAAUGUGUUUCUAAUAACAUAUUUUAGUACAAGUGUGUCUUAUUAGAGGCUACAAGUCUUUAAGUCAAAGGUUCCCUUUAACCCUUUACAGUCCACGCUGUACAAUUGGGGACGUUGGCGUCCGCUUGAUUUCUAUGGUCCAUAACAUUCUCAUCUGACCAAAGCACACGGUCCCAGUUGAAGCCUGGGACAGUGUAAAUUUUUGUGUGGGACCAAGAUUGAGCUUUUUGGCAACAAACACUCUAAGUGGGUCUGGCGUGCCACGAAAAAUGUGCAUGCUGAAAAGCACCUCAUACCCACUGUGAAGUAUGGGGGUGGGUCAGUGAUGCCGUGGGGCUGUUUCGCUUCCAAAGGCCCUGGGAACCUUGUUAGGGUGCAUGGCAUCAUGAAUGCUUUGAAAUACCAAGACAUUUUAAAUCAAAAUCUAUUGCCCUCUCCCCGAAAGCUGAAGAUGGGUCAUCACUGGGUCUUUCAGCAAGACAAUUACCCUAAACAUAUGGCCAAAUCUACACAGAAAUGGUUCACCAGACACAAAAUCAAGCACCUCCCAUGGCCAUCUCAGUCCCCAGACCUUGUUUUGUUGGCAAAAGGGGGUUGUACAAAGUAUUAACACCAGGGGUGCUAAUAAUUGUGACACACAUUAUUUGGUGUCAAAUAAUUUUGUCUUUAUGUGGGAUUUUUUCCCCACUGAAUAAAUGCACUUGUAUUGAAGGUUGAAUUUUUCUCUUUUUUUUCCAUUAAGGUCCCAUAUUAUUUGAAUAAAACAAAAUUAUUAGAAACUAAAAAACACAUCUUAACCAGGGGUGCCAAUAAUUAUGGAGGCCACUGUAUGUUUUCUGUGAGUCUGACUUUUUUUCGUGUCACACUUCAAGUAUAUGAAAAAUAAAGUAGAGGUUUGGUGACAAAUAAGUUGUUUUGAUAUUUAAUUUUCAACUAGACAGUUCACACACUUGAUACAUCAUCACUGAUUGAGAGUGCCUUGGUGCUCUCAUGAUAACGUGUUUACCAUCAAGGCUUACAACGCAGUUUGGGAAGUUCCAUAGCCACCAGAAAUCUGCUAUGCCCUCCCACUGGCUGGUUGUAGGACACGGCAAAAACCUGGAGGGCUGUCCACAAUUCUUUGCAGACCUCGGAAAAAACGCUGGACACAGAGCUCGACGCCAGUUUGAAACUAGCCGCCACAGCUUGCUGGCUUCCACCCGAGGCUAGAAUUCGUAAUGUGACGGCAUCGACAGACCGCCUCCAAAACAGUCUUUUGCGUUGCCUGCGCCUCAACAUCUAUAUGAUCAACAUUUGUUGUCCACAUUCCAGCGUUUUAUCUCCGGUUGCAUUUUAGCAUAUCAGUGUAACCGGAAGAAUACUAGAAGUCAUCAAGAUCCCCCCAAAACCCUACAAACGCAACGCCACACCGCUCUAGUGGCUUGGUGGUGAAUUACAGAGCAACGCCGCAGAACUAUCGAAUGCUCAUUGACCCCGUAGUCGCUUCGCCGUCACCGCAACGCAGUAGCAUAAUUUAGGCUUGAAAAGGCAUUCCUGUGAAGUCAAAAACCAUUCUAAGUGACACCCUCUUGAAGCUUAUCAAGAGAAUGGCAAGGAAAAGUAAUCAGUACAAAGGGAGGCUACUUUGAAGAUACGAGACCAAUCAGAGCUAACCAUCUCUGCAGAUCACAUGUCAAUAUUGUGGUGUAAGGAGUUAGAACUAACAUUGAAUAACAUGUUAUGUUGAAGGAAUUUCAGUCUUGACUGCGCGACUCGCGCGGGUCAAACCGAAAGUGUUUAUUAACCCCUUUAACACCGAACGUGUCGGCAGCGACGCGUUUACGCAUAUCGUCUUUGAAGCUUCGUCACGCUGUACUUACGUCACCCACGUGCCGCUGGUUGGUCUCAUUUGAAAGUGCGGAAGUUGAUGUCCACACCAGUUUUCUAUUUGAAGUCAAUCGACCAAGAAAAACGGGAGAUAAGGUCAUUUGAGUUUUAUAGUUUUAUUGCACUCAUAAAUAUGCAUUAAAACGCUGCAUGGACAAUGUAUAUAUCUCCAUAUUCCAUCAUUUUUUGUCCUUUUUCAAAACCGAAAGCAGCACAAAAGACUACACAUCCCAAGAGCCGUUCUGAUGUCGAGAAGGACGAACCAAAUGUGAUCAUUUUUAUUGAAUUUCCGAACGAGGCGCCAACUAAUGAAAGGGAGUCAUGCGACGCAAGCAACGGCCGGUUGGUUUGAGCGAGCGACUUUGAAACGUGCAGAAUGAAUAUAAAACUACAUUCAGCGCAAGCUAAUGCAUUAUUUCAUUAACUCAAGGAAGUAGAUGAGCCGUAUUUGUUGUCUUUUUCUUUGCAUGAGUCGGCGUCUCGGCGAAUAGAGGUGACGGCAACGCGCAAACGGCGAAAGAGUAGGCUGUGUGACGACGUGUGUGACGCAGCUCCGUGACCUGUUCAUUGAGUGUUCAAGCUUUAUUGAGUGCGCAAAAAACAACAAAAAAAACUUUAUUGGGUCUCAUGCCUGGAAAUUUUGAAUUGAACUGAACUACUUGUCAAUAUUUUUUUUAAUACUUUUUUUCAGUGUUAUAUAUAUAUUUUUUCUUUACUAUAAUCUUUUCAAUUUUUAUGUAGAUGUGUGUUCGAGAUUGAUUGCAUGUAGGUAUAUACUUUUGAUAAGGUGAUGGGUACAACACCUAACUUCACAAAGAGAUAUCCUCCAACCCUUUUUGUGUUAGAUGAUACAUAUAAUUUUUUCUCUCACUAUUUUGCACUGUAUAUAACCUGUUUUGACCAUAGUAUGUGUAAAGGCCAAAAACGCCUAUGAUAAUACCUGCUGUUUGUGUUGAAUUGUGAAACACAAAACUAUUCAAUCUUAUUUUUUUCUAUUGAAUGUUUAUCCUAACAAGUUGAAUAAAUAUGAUCAAGCUUCAAAACGGUUGGUCGAGCAUGUUUGGUUAUCAGUGGAGUGGGACGUCAACAUUACAAAUUUUGAAAAAAGAUUUUGGGAUUUUUUUGUCUUUUUGGGUCCAAAAUGUGGAUUAAAAUUGGUUAGUGAAGAAAACAACAGUUUGGUUAUGAAGAUUAUGGUGUCCUGAAAAAAGGGACCCAACUUGGCCAUUGUAAACAAUUUUUUCUGUGAAAUAUAAAGGCAACAUCAAAUGCAUGCAAAUUCGGCCAAAAUAGGCUUAGGUGUUAAAGGGUUAAAGAAGUAGGCAUGGUUACAAUGCCUCGUCUACUUAUUGAAACGGUGAGGUAGUCUUGGAAUUUGCUUCCCCGGCCAAGACGCACGGAAACAGCAACAGCCCAUGCGCCAACCGGGAAGGCGGAAAUUCGGCACGUUCACUCCCUAUGUUAACCCUUUGUACUGACUCCAUGUUCCAAAAGUUUGAAGAAAACUCACCGAAAGCAGGUUGACAAUUUAUUCGUCGACAAUGGUCAAAAAAUAAGGCAAAAACAGACGACGGAGGGACAAGUCUGGAUCCAAAACAAGGCUACAUAGAAAAUGUUUCCGAGCAGUAAAAUCUGUUAUCUCAGUGUCCAGUGUUUUUUAAGUCCGUGGUGGAGUAGGCCGGGCCGAA